GAUGUCAUCAAGUGAAAUAUUUUGGCCUAAGGUCAGUGAGACGCUAGUCGCUACUCUUCUAUACGCUAUGCCCUUUUUCAAUAUGAAUACGGUGUCGUGUUCUGACUGCAGACUCCUGAGUGUUAAUGGAAACAGACGACACUGAGCUGGGGCCGGAUGCAGGAGGCGACGGACGCUGUGGUGCGCUGGGCAAAAUAGUCCAAGAUGCUGGUAGCGGGUGAAAUACGCAGCUGCUCGUCGUCUCCUAGAGCGCCGCGGACGCCGUGGACUGCGCCAUCAAAGUCGACGAAAAGUCGGCUCCAGCAGCCGACCGUCUCAAACUACUCGGAGCCACCCCCUCAACCUGCUCCUUCACUUCGGGGCCCAUUACCGCAGUCUCCGCUCCCGAGUGCGCCCGGGAUCCAGCAGCUUCGCAAGCGGACAGCGCGGGGCUGGGGACUAGAGGAACGACAGCUCUGCGCUGUAGCGUCUGGAUACGUCCGUGGAGUGCUGGUGCACGCGGCCGCCACCUGGCUCCUGGUGACGCCACAAUCCCACGUGGAACUCCUCCAGAGGGAGAUGCGGGCGGUGACCCGUAUAUCACCGGCUGCCCCUUGUUUACCCCAGCCCACGCAGUGAUGGCGGAGGUCGGACUCAUGCCGGUGCCCGCUGGCCGCCCGGCGAGACGUGCUGGUAGCGAAGCUCUUCGCCAAGGCGCACGCGCUCCCCGAGGGCAAGCCCUCAGGACUAUCGCGGAAGAUGGGCCGCCCAGCCGACUGAAGUCGAUGACGGGCUGGCGUGGGGUGGGGCACGAAACCUGGCGAGCGGCUGGGAUAAUCUCUGAUUCAUGCUUGUGUCGCCAGUCGCGAGUGACAUCUGUGUGCGGCGCGCGCGUCCAAGAUGCCGGGCGGCGAUGAGGCGCAGUCGGCCGCCGCCGCCGAGAAGCCGUCUGAGAUGGAGCUACUUCGGGGCAUGCUGCAGCAGCAAUUGGAGCUGGCUGCAGCGGCAGCGCGACGUGAGGAGCGGAUGGCCGCGCUGUUGGAGCGGGUGCUUCCCGGCCCGACGGCCGUGCAGGACGCCACGGCACCCGCCCAGGCAGCCGCGGGGCCCGAUUCCGGCGCCCGGCCGCGUGCACGCAUGCCCGCCGCCGGCACGCCCACGCCCCGGCUGGCGGCUACCGCUACCCUCAAGGAGUUUGAGGCCUGGAAAGAGAAGUUCUCCGGCUACUGCCUCCUCACCGGCGUCCACGAUCUCACCGAGGCUGAGCAGCGGGCCGCCCUGCUCGCUGUUCUCGACGACGACUGGGCCCGCGUGGUCCGGUUUGGCCUGCCCAUCCCGGCCGAGGCGUCCAUGGCCGAUGUAAUCACCGCCAUGCACACCCACCUUCGGCGGCAGCGGAACGUGGUGAUCGACCGCUGCGAGUUUAACAUGCGGAUGCUGGAGCCAGGCGAGUCAGUGGACGAUUUUAUCUGCGCCCUGAAGGAGAUAGCGUCCUGCUGUGAUUUUUGCCCGAACUGCACCGAUGAUAGGUUCCGAGACCAUCUGGUGGUGGGCACCAGUGAUGACGAGGCCAGACGCCGCAUGCUGGAACUGCCCGAUCUGACCUUCCAGAUGGCCGCCGACCUGUGCCGGGCGUCCGAGAGCGCCCGUCUCAACAGCUCGGCGAUCCGUGGCCCGGGCGAGCCGUCUCUGCGCCGGCUCUCCGAGUACCGGCGACAGCGCGGUCGGCCGAGCGGCGCGGACUCGCGCUCGGCCGACCAGACCCGGCGGUGUGACCGCUGCGGUGCCGCGCAGCACACGGACGGUCGUGCCUGCCCCGCCCUGGGUCGCACCUGCCACCGAUGGCCACGAACGGGACCACUUUUCCUCGGUCUGCCGGCAUGCCGCGGGCACUGAAGAGCGGCGCCGGCAGACGCCUAGUUCCGAGCGCAGCCACCAGGGACAGGACUGGCGCUUCCGUAGCGCGAGCAGCAGCCGCCAGGGGAGGGGCCGGCGCCACCGUAGCGCAAUCAGCCGCCGCCGUGUCAGCACGGCUGCCGACGCGUCGCACCGGCAGGUUUCGGUGCUGGCAGCGAAUGCAACCACGAGAGACACGGGGAACCGGCAGCAGUCAGCGCCGCCGGCAGCCCGGACGCCGGGCGCGCGCCUCAACAGUGUGACGGCCCACCGGUCGCCGCAGGUCCGGCUACAGCUGCACCUACCAA